UCAGUCAUUUACUCUCUUAUCUGAUAAAGAUUGAUUUAUUAUGAACUUUAUGAGUGUCAGAUUAAUAUAAUGUUAUGAAUUAUUAUGAACUGUUAUUUACUGAAGAAAAUGUCUGAUGUGAUUUUAUUCUGCUUGUGUUUGUGGAGUCUGAUGGGUGUGUUUGGUGAGUCUGUGUCAGUGACUGAAGGAGAUUCUGUCACUUUAUUUGUCAAUCUAUCUGAAAUACAGAGAAAAGAGGGAAUCACCUGGAAGUUUGGACCUCAGUACAUCACAAUAGCUGAAAUCGAGGUUGAGGACAAUAAAAUCAGUGUAUAUGACAAAGAGAGAGCUGAUGGGAGAUUCAGAGACAGACUGAAGUUGGAUCACAGUGGAUCUCUCACCAUCACAAACACCAGAACCACAGACUCUGGACUUUAUCAACUAAUCAACACAAGCACAAAUAACCAACUCAAUAUAUUCAACAUUACUGUGUAUGCUCGUCUGCCCGUUCCUGUCAUCAGCAGAGUUUCUUCAAAAAGUUCUUCAUCCUCAUCAUCAUCAAUCUGUUCAUUAUUGUGUUCAGUGUUGAAUGUGAGAGAUGUGAGUCUGUCCUGGUACAAAGGAAACAGUUUAUUGUCCAGCAUCAGUGUGUCUGAUCUCAACAACAUCAUCAGCAUCUCUCUGAUGUGUCUGGAUGAUUCUUACAGCUGUGUGGUCAACAAUUCAAUCAGUAAUCAAACUCAACAUCUAAAUACUGAUCUCUGUCACACGUAUUCAGAUAAGAUGUACUGCUGUUUUGGUUUUAUUGAAGUUGUGAUCCAAUUGGUCGUCUCUGUUCUGGUGGGCGUGGCUGCUGUUGGUUUUGUGGUUUAUGACAUCAGAUCCAGAAGAGAUGAAGAGAAGAGGAUGAGAUCAGAUAAACCCCAGCGCAUGCGCCCCAGCUGCAUGGGCUCAGACACGGCAGAGGGUGAAGAUGAUGAAGAGGGGGAAGUGGUGGUCUUGUCCGAAAACGCUCGCUGGCGAAUGGAGCGUCGCUGCUCGCGAAGCAAUCUCCGGGCUUCGAUCCGAAGAGCGAGGCUGAGUUGGGUGGCAUCGGCACUGAGCUGGUCCAAACGUGAGGAAAGGUCCGACAUACGGGCAGAUAAGUCCUCAACCUCCGCGGGAUCCAUUCUGGCAAGUUCGUCCUGUGAGGAACGACAAAUACAAGGAUCCCAGCGCAGAGGAGACAACACAGGCGAGACAGGCUCAAUGGAAACCCUUCGGGAAAGGCUCAGAGUGGGAAACACACACGGCCGUAGAACCUCCACUCGCACAUCCAAACUCCUCAGAGAAGAAAUCCUGGCGGGGUACAGAGAGAGAGAGAGAGGCAGUCAGAGUUUUCAGCAGAGUCUGUGCUGGACAGCGCACAGCGGCAGUCCGAGCCUUACGCAGAAUUACGCGCCCGAAAGCGCACUGCUGCUGGACAGCGCAAGAGGUGUGUUUGGUGAGUUUGUGUCAGUGAUGGAGGGAGAUCCUGUCACUUUAUCUGUCAGUCUCACUGAAACACAGAUUAAAGAGGGAAUCUCCUGGAAGUUUGGACCUGAAAUCACCAUAGCUGAAAUUGAGGUUGGUGGCAAAUAUAUCAAUUUAUAUGAAGAGAGAGCUGAUGGGAGAUUCAGAGACAGACUGAAGCUGGAUCACAGUGGAUCUCUCACCAUCACAAACAUCAGAAUCACAGACUCUGGACUUUAUCAACUAAUCAACACCAACAAGAAGACCCAACUCAACAUAUUCAAUCUUACUGUCUAUGCUCGCCUGCCUGUUCCUGUCAUCAGCAGAGUUUCAUCACAAAGUUCAUCAUCAUCAUCAUCAAUCUGUUCAUUAUUGUGUUCAGUGUUGAAUGUGAGAGAUGUGAGUCUGUCCUGGUACAAAGGAAACAGUUUAUUGUCCAUCAUCAGUGUGUCUGAUCUCAACAUCAGCAGCAUCUCUCUUCAUCUGAAGUGUCUGGAUGAUUCUUACAGCUGUGUGGUCAACAAUUCAAUCAGUAAUCAAACUCAACAUCUAAAUACUGAUCUCUGUCACACGUAUUCAGAAGAGAUCUGCUGCUGUUUUAGUUUUACUGAAGUUGUGAUCGGAUUGGUCUUCUCUGUUCUGGUGGGCGUGGCUGCUGUUGGUUUAGUGGUUUAUGACAUCAGAUCCAGAAGAGAUGAAGAGAAGAGGAUGAGAUCAGAUAAACCCCACUAAACCUCUUCAGUUCAUUUAUUAUAGUUAUCACACAUUAUUCAUUAUAUCUCUACACAAUCUUUAUUAUUUCUUUAAAAUUCUUCAUUUGUU